UUAUUACUCAUCCGGUUCAUGCUGGGUUUCGGAUCUAAGAAGCAGACAUGUCGAUAAUAAGCGGUUUCAAAUGUUACGAGCGCGUUCAUGUUGCUUCUAAACACUUCCCUGAAAAACCAGCUCUCUCCAACUGGACGUAGCACACAGACACAAAUGAGACACCAUGGACCAAGAUUCAGAGCGUGCUCAGUUUGUGGAUGCCCACUGGGCGACACUUGUCCAGAGAGUGAAUAUGGUAAUGCCGAUAGUGGAAGAGCUGCAGUCAGGUGGCAUGAUGGAGUGGGAGUCAUACUGUAAGAUCAGAGCUGCAAACACUAACCAGGAGAAAAUGAGAGAGCUUUAUGAAGUGCUGCACUCUGGUGGAGACAAGGUUAAAUCUGCCUUUUAUUCUAGACUGGAAAAACACGAGUCAUGUCUGUUUAGAUCCUUGGGUAAUAUUGCACAAACUGCAGAAGCUCUCAUAGAAAGCUUAAACAAAUAUAAGAAGUGGAUCCAGAGGGAAUAUGAAUAUGUGACCGAGUAUAACUCUCUGCCUGGUGAAUAUGUGCUUCUGUCCGAGCGCUACACACAACCUCUGAUCAUCAUGAGACACAGAGAAAAGAGAGAGCGAGAAGAAGAGAUGUGCUCUGUGGGAGAGAGUUUCCAGCAGCUCCUCAUCUCCAGGAAUAAUGCGGACAAAGACAGCUCCAUCCUGGAUGCGCUUUUCUGUGUCGAUAAUAAGGGAAUCAGUCCUUGUUCUGUCAUUCUCCAAGGAAACUCUGGGAAUGGCAAAUCCUUCACCGCUCAAAAGAUCAUGCUGGAUUGGGCAUCUGGAAACUUUCACAGAGAGGAAUUUGAUUGUCUGUUUCACUUGAAAUGCAAAGAACUGAACCACAUAUCUGGAGAGCAAAGCUUAGCAGAGCUUUUGAGUCACAACUCCAAUUUAACAUCAGACCAGAUCUCACAGAUCCUGCAGAAGUCACCGGAGAAAGUUCUCAUUCUCAUUGAUGGAUUCGAUGAGCUCAGGUUUUCUUACAGUGACACCUCGAAUAUGCCCAAACUCAGCCAUGUUUCUGAGAAAGCUCCACCUGAGGCUUCUCUGAACGCCCUGUUGAGGGGCCACAUCUUGCCAGAAUCCUUCCUGCUGGUCACCACCAGAUCUACAGCUACAACAACCCUGGGUGAACUGCUCAAGCACCCUCAGCUUUUCACCGAGAUUAUCGGCUUCUCCGAGAAAGAGGUGGAGGAGUACUUCCAGAGGUUCUUUCAGGAUGAAGAACUAUUCAGAAAAGCUUUUGAGUGUGUGAAGGCGAAUGAAACUCUCAUCACCGCCUGCUUCAUCCCUGUCAUCUGCUGUAUCAUCUGCACAGUUAUGCGAGAGAGGUACAGUGAUGGUGCAGAUGUGACAAGCGGACUGGAAACCACUACCUCCAUCUACGUUGACUUUGUGUCCACUCUUCUGGAGCAUCACUGCCAAAGUUUGAGUCAGCCCGUCCCGAUACUGCUAAAGAGUCUGGGUCAGCUGGCAGAGAGAGGGAUGCUGGAAAGACAAGUGCUGUUUGAAGAGAAAAGCAUGCAUGAAAUGGUUUCAAACCCUGUUGGCAGUCCGUUCCUGUGCAAGUUCCUCUUUAAGAGAAGGAUCCGCCAGGAGACGAUGUUCAGUUUCAUGCAUCUCAGCUUUCAGGAGUUCUUCACCGCUCUGUACUUCAUCUCACUGGCUGAAAGAGACUUUCUGGAUAAACUAACGGAGCGGUUCCACUCUCAAACGCAAAGCUAUCUUGCUCAAUAUUUAGAUGAGAAGUUUCCAUUGAAGUAUGGAUGCCCUGAACCUCAUUUCCUGCCUGUGAUUCAGUUUCUCUGCGGUCUCUCCCAUAAAGCAGUGAGCAGCUCACUAGAAGAGACGCUCAGUCUGUCUGUCCCUUCCUUUGUGCAGACACAGUUGGAAGAAUGGAUCCUGCAUGUUAGCGCAAGUAGAGAUUACAAUUUCUUGCCCUUUAUUCUCCACUGUCUCUAUGAGCUUCAUGAGAAGGAGUUUGUGCAGAAAGCUAUGGAAGCUUGGCAGGAGUUAGACAUGUCCUGGGAUCCACUGAGCAGGACGGACUGCUGGGCGUUGUUGUACUGUCUGGACUGCUGUCCUCACUUCAGAAACCUGAAGCUCAACUUUGCAGCUGAGGAGCUGAAGAUGCUUCAACCUGUGCUGUGCAGGACCCCAGAACUAGAGUUGACAGUGCAAAACUUUUCAGACACAGAUGUCACUGAUCUGCUCUCAGCUCUUGGAGAAGGAAAGCGGCUUCGAGAACUGAGGCUGAACAGCCGCUGUCUGUCAGAUGAAAGUGUCCAGCAGGUUCUUAAUGCUCUGCACAAACAGAAGAACGUGGGUGGACUUCAGAUUGCAGUGAAGAGCAUCUCAGCGGACACUGCCCACGUCAUCACAGACCUCCUGCAGACCAAAGCGAAAUGGGAGGAGAUCAGCUUAAGGACUGAUGAUGCAGAAAGUCUCUGCUCUUCUCUGCGACUCUUCAGCUUUGAAGGAAAGCUUGUGUUGAAUGUGGUGAAAUGGUGUUCAGGCCUACACAAUGAACCGUCAAUGUCAGAAAUCAUUCUCAAAUUUCCACAUUCAAAGGCAUCCAGUAUUAAUGUGAAGAGCUUCUUGCAGUCCUUCCACAGUGUAAACUGUAUAACAGAGGAAAGUGCAGAUUUUGACACGCAGGUCAAUGCUCUGCUGUCUCAGCUGUCAUCUGUGUCUGGUUUAAGUGCGAUAAAUCUUUCCGUUCCCAUCCUGACGGAGGAUUGGGCUUCCAGAAUCCUCUUCCUCAUAGAGUCUUGUCCUAGACUAGCUGUGAUCAGUUUUGAUGCUGGUUCAAGGGGCUCUAAUGGUGCUGAGUGGCUCCCUGGUCUUUUAAUGGAGGAGGGAAUCAAGUUAUUGAAGGAAUCCACAAAACGUCCCGAGUGCAAUGUGAACAUUAGAGGGUUCAGAUGCAGUAAAUCCUUUGACCGCUGCACUCGUCACACCAAGCAGAUCGAGAAGCUCAGCUGCAACCAGAGAGUGACCAUUGAGUUCUGUGGAGAGAAGUGUACAGAAGACAUCAAGUGAGUUCUGAUUAGCUGAGAAUAAUUAAGGGGUUUAUACAAUAUGGCCUUUAUUGUUAUGUAGUGUAAAGAAUCUCUUUAGUGCAGCAUUGUAAUUUUCACUCAUCUUUCCCGGUUGAUCCCCAGGU